AUGGCUACUGCCAGAAUUUCCUUUCCCCCUGGUCUCACCACCAGACCAGGGGGAGCUGGCACUCGCCCUUUCCCUGAGACUGCCUCCCGUUGCCAGCAGCUCAUUUCGAUGAUCUCCGCCUCUUCCGACCCACUCGAACAUUCCCAGUUGGUUAAUGAACUAGCUGCCCUCAGCCUCUCUCUCUCCUCGCAGCUCACUGCGUCUAAAACUGUCCUCGACAUGGAAGCUGUCCGCUUAGCCAAUGCACAAGCCAUUAAUGACGACCUUAGGAAAAAACUCGCAGCGACCGAAGACGCUCUUGCUACCACCGCGAGCAUGUUAGCUGUGCAAGCUGCAAAUGCCGUAUCGGCCCAUGCGAGUCUAGAAGAUGAGCGAGCCAUCGCCACCGCAGUCAUCAGAGAGCUUGUCGUCAAGGAGGAUGCCCUACAGACGGCUACGGCAAUGCUGAAUGCGCAAAACUCAAACCUCGAAUCUGCGCAUGCGAGCCUCCACGAGAAAGACCAAGAGAUCAUCCAGAAAAAUCGGGAAAUCUACGCUAAAAACAUUGAAAUUCAACAGAUGCAACGCGCCGGAGAGGCUAGAAACUCCCGCUUUACCAGUCACCGCAUGGAGUUCCCGGAGUUGAAUACCGGCGCUGUUCGUAAUCUUUUUCCUAGCAGUAGUGAUGGUGAAGGGAGUGGAAGUUUGGUUGGACAGCGAUCUCUGGUUCUCAAGGCCCAGAACGCUGCACUCAUAGCAGCAUUGGCUGAGAAAGUCAACCUUCUGAGUGUAGAAGAACACCGCACAGCCAGCCUUCGCAAUCUCCUUAACGAGUCUAUUAUUGAGGUUGGUCGCUGGAAGAUGUGCCUUGAGGAGGCCACCAAUCAGACCAGGCACACUCUCCCGGAGAAUACCCAUCCCAGAGCUGCUAGAUCAGGGCCUCAGAGCUCGAACGUUCAGAUCGCGAGACUCAAGGAAGCACUGGCCGAGAAAACCAACCUUCUAAAGGUAGAAGAACACCGCUCCUCUAAUCUCCGGAAUCUCCUCAAUGAGUCUAUUAUCGAAGUUGGCCGCUUGAAAACCUGCUCCGGAUCGGCCGGUGAUGCAACCAGGCCCCCUAUCCUGGAUUCUCCACAGCAUAUCCAAGAUGUCCCCGGCACACCCACCGGACAGAAGAUACAUCACCACGAAAAGCCCCGUCAAGCAGACAAGGCUCCCUACUCGGACCACAAGAAAGGCUUGCAACAUGCCGAACAGAUAGAAGAUAGGGAAGCAGAAGGUUUGCCCACUCCCCCCGACUACACAAACCCACAAUGAAGAACACCUAGUUAACGCUGCAGAUGAAGGAGGAUCUCUUACAGACGAAGAGAACGGAAUGGCGCUCUCCACGGCUAGUACACAAGUCCAGAACGGAGAAUCCUUCAUUUGGUUCAGCGAAGGCGCUCUGUUGAUGAAUGAAGAGCCCGGGAGCGAGCAUGCUACAGUUAACACCGAAUUCAGCAACGAAAGGCCUUCCGUCGCAUAUACCGACGAAGACAACUUUUACACUUUCAAAUCUGGACCGAGAUGGUCCAUAUAA